GAGCCGAGCCCCAGCGGACCGAGCCGCGGCCGCAGCGGGCGGCGGGCGCAGAGGCGGCGGCGGCGAGGUGGUCUGGCGACGGCGAUGCGACAGCCGCGCUGAGCCUGCCCGCUCCAGGCGCCGGGGGAACCGGCCGCGCGGGGCGGCAGCAUGCGGGGCGGCGAGGAGCUGGACGGCUUCGAGGGCGAGGCCUCGAGCACUUCCAUGAUCUCGGGCGCCAGCAGCCCGUACCAACCCACCACCGAGCCGGUGAGCCAGCGCCGCGGGCUGGCCGGCCUGCGCUGCGACCCUGACUACCUGCGCGGCGCGCUCGGCCGCCUCAAGGUCGCCCAAGUGACUUUGGCCCUGAUUGCAUUCAUCUGCAUUGAGACUAUCAUGGAGUGCUCCCCGUGUGAAGGCCUCUACUUUUUUGAGUUUGUAAGCUGCAGUGCAUUUGUGGUGACUGGGGUCUUGCUGAUUCUCUUCAGCCUCAACCUUCAUAUGAGAAUCCCCCAGAUCAAUUGGAAUCUAACAGAUUUGGUCAACACUGGACUCAGCACUUUCUUUUUCUUUAUUGCCUCAAUUGUAUUGGCUGCUUUAAACCAUAAAACCGGAGCGGAAAUUGCUGCCGUGAUAUUUGGCUUCUUGGCGACAGCAGCCUAUGCAGCGAGCACGUUCCUGGCUGUGCAGAAAUGGAGAGUCAGCGUCCGCCAGCAGAGCGCCAAUGACUAUAUCCGAGCUCGCACCGAGUCGAGAGAUGUGGACAGCCGCCCUGAGAUCCAGCGCUUGGACACAUGAGAACGUCUGGAGUCCUCCCACUGCCCUCGUGCCCGUCCUUCUAAUCAAGUUUUCUUUCUCUUAGCACAUCAGAUUUUUGUGUGAACCAGCUGAAUUUUGUCCUGUUUGGUAAACAUUCCCUUUGGGGAAGGUUGCCUAGAGUGACCCAGUGACUGAUCUGUGGUGGGCUGAAGAGGCCCAGGUCCUCCGGCAUUGGGUGCCCGUGGGAGCAGCCGACUUUAUUGACUGCUCUAGGUCUUAACUGUCUGUCUCAGAACACACUGUCUCCCUGACUCUGAGCCACCCUGUCACGUGUAUUUGUGGUGAGUCAAAACCUUAUUGAAUGGCAUUGAGAAGGGGAGUAUAUGUCACAAGACAGAAGCACAGGGGUGGGACAGCCAGUGAGGUACAUGGACAGUGAGCUGGGGUGUGUGCUGAGUCUCUUAGAUCCACCCUUCUGAGCAUCCAGGGGCCAGCAUGGCCUGAGUGGGACUCUGAGGGAGUUGACGAAUGGAUAUGCUCCUGUAACUUCCUUGCCAGGCUUGUGUGUUACAGGGAUAGGAAAAGCUAGUGUCCUAUGGGGACAGCUCUAUGGGAUUGACUCCCAGAACAGUGACCAUUUGUCUCCUGCCCUGCUGAGAAAUCACUUGAUUCUUCCUCAUGUGAAUCACCUUCCUGUGGUCCAAACUCACUCCGGGCUAGGGGACCCUCACGUUUGCUGGGGUCCUGCCACCUUACACAUUGCAGUUUCCACACUUUUACAUUCCCGGGUGAAAGCUGCAGAAGAGACAGUCCUCCCGUUAGCCCAGGCACUUUGUCCAUUUGCUGGCCUCAUGGAUCACAUGUGUGUUACACAGUGGCACACUUAAACUCACACUUCUAUUGUAUGGACACGUCUGAUUUUCUGAAUAUCCGAGACAAGCUCUAAAGUGAUUCAAAGUUUUUCUAGGAUUCGAAAAUACUUGAAUCUGCACCAGGACGCAUCCUUCCAUGGAUGUUCCACGAGGCACUGCUGUCAUUCUGGACACCUGAGUGUCUUCACUAUGAUCAAAGUCCUGGAAUGUGUUAGGAAUCCUAGUUACAUAUGACUUUUGGAUUGGUUCUUAAUAAAUUGAAAAUUAUUUUUGUGGUGAAUGAGUUAAACAGGCCCCUAUGAUACUGUAAUUUUGUUGUUAGAGACUAUAUCUUUUUUGGAAAAUUGUUUUAACAUGUCAGGUUCUCACUCUGAACUGUUGAUGUUUACAGAUCUUGAAGCUCUAAGACUUUGUGGAUAGCCUCACCAAGGAAAAGAUGUGGCUGGCGGGAGGAUAGUGCGGUGGUAGAGAACUCCCACUAUCUCCUAAGGACUGUUCACAGCCUUUGGUUGUGGUGUCCUUUGGAGUUCAUAACCCAGAAGUGGGUGGCAGGGCUUCGGAGGAGAGUCUGAGGAGGUGCUCCCUGUGCACCACGGCUCUGCAUCAUUCAGGGAAGAGCAGUGUUGUAAGGUUGAAUAGCAAAGAGUGGCUAUUGUCAAACACCACAGCAGGGCUCAGGAGUCCACAGGAAAUAGGGUCUGCCUGUAUCUAAUUGGGGGCACGGUGGGGGAGUACUAGGGACUGGCUACCUAAACCCAAUAUCCAGUGUAAUCCAGUUCUGCUGCAGUUCCAGAUUGGCAGUCGCCCAGGUCCCAUGUUGAGAGGAUGACCCAGCAAGUCUGGUGUGCCUCCACUCCCUGCUUCCCUUCUCCUCCAGAGGGCAGCCUGGGUCUGGCCCUUGCCCAGCUCCUGAUGGAGGAGAGCCUUCUGUUGCUGGACGUGUUGAGUCAGUCGGUCAGUGCGCACUGUGCUUUACCAACCUUGAACCUGUUGAGUGUUGUGUUGUGGGGGAGUGGAUGACAUCUUGAUUUUUAUCUGUUAGUUGUACAUGGUCAUUUUGCAUUUGUUGAGUAUGUCUAUGUAAUCAAAACCAGGCUUCUCUGCCUCAGAGAAUUCCCUUUAAAAUAGGGUUGCAAAGACUCGUCUGUGUCAGGAUCCCACUUGGAAGUAACACUCUGAGUCUUCUCGUGUCAUUGGGCCUCAGGAAAAAGCCACCUUUGAAGUGAGGCAGAAGAAAGAAGCAUUCAGAUGGGGUGUCUGCUCAUUUUCCCAAGUCCCUUCAAUAAACCCGUUUCAUCCUGUGAUGAAAGGAGGCCUUCUGAGGAAGUGUUGUCGGCUGAAAGAAAUGAUCCUGAGACCCAUUGACACCAUGAAUACCAAUAAAUGAUAAAAUGUGGUGGUGUCUUAGGGCCUAAGAGACUUGAGAGCAAUUUGCAUCUUAGUGACAGAAUCAUUGUAAUAUUUAUAUUCUGGUAAACUAUUUAAUAUCCUUUGUGCUGUGAAGCUUCCCCAUGGCUUUUGUGUAUGUAUUUCCUUGUACUAUUUAACUGGCUCCCAUAGAGCCAGAAGUGGCAUGUAUACGUUCUAGUAGUGUGAUGCACAGACUUCCUUGCCUUCACAGCCAUCGUGGUGAGGAAAAGCCAUGAAGGGACUAUGGCUGUCUACAACAGUGAAUGCAAAGACGCCUGUAGUUUUCCUAUUGUGCCUCUGACAACAGAAGGUAAUACAGAUUUGAGGUUUUUAAAAUAACCUCUGUAAAUUGAAAAAGGCAUAUUUUUGUGUUAAGUCUACUGUGGACCAAUGCCGCUUAGGUUUGGAGUCAACCUUAUUGGUCUCCAUUUCCUGAUGGGAUGGAAUUCACUUUCUCAGUUGGAGAAAUGCAGUUGUCGGGAACAUCUGGUGCGUUCAUGGAGACGUGGGGUUGAAGCCCUCUGACAUUUGGUAGUUUUGAUGGAUAUUAACUCAUCUUCAGAGAAAGUAUAUUUGGCACUGUUAUGUCGACUAGGUGACAGCCACCAUUCUUCUCCUCCAUCUUCCCUGCCAAAGGCUCAGAGGGCAAGACUGCAGUCAAGAAAACCUAAAGAUACACAUUGGCUCCAGAAAGGGCAAAUACAGUGAGGUAGCAAGUUCUUUUCAGAGAAGUUCUGUUUAAAGUAGAUAGCCAUGCACUGCAGAUUGCUUUUGUCUACAGAAAAAGCAAGAAUGCAGUAAGCUGCCCAGAUCUUUCUUAGCAAUAUGCUAAAACACCAGUGUGGGCAGAGUCUGGGCAUAGCAGAGCCAGCAAGAGUGAGCUACUCACUGAGCACCCUAGGGUCCUUCUGUACACCCUUGGCAGGAAGACUUAGGGCAGGCCUCAUAUGCCUUGUCUUCUCGUAUGCCUGUGCUAGAUGCUUCUGGAGACAAUUUUAUGACUCAGUUGAAGACAUUUCUUUUUCUUUUUUUUUUUUUUCAAGUUUCUUUUAUCUUUGAAGUUUUUCUAUUGGUUCAGGCAGUCUUUAGAAGAAAUGAAGGUCUAACUCUUGUCCCUGCAUGGAUGUGAAUUCUUGCUGUGAAUGAGUCUUGGCUAGCCCUCUGUAUGACACAAACUCACCUUUUCUUGUGGAUUUGCAUGCACUAUUUGGAGGAAAUCUCUUGCCUAUCUAAGAGGUGGCCUGAGGACUCUGCCCUGCCCAUGUCAGAGUCCCUGUGGGUCAGUCUUGGGAGCAUGGAGACUUGUGUCCAACCUAGUAGUUAUGUAGGUGGUUCCUACUCUGUCAUCUGUGUUCAAAACACACAAAAGUUCCAUGGUUAGUAUGCUCCUGCCUAACUGCCUUUUCCGAACAUGUCAUCUACAUAGCAAUAGUGACAUGAAACAGGUAACAGUGGGGGUUGGGGGGCAUACACUUUCUAUGUAGAGAGUUGUUGACUGAUUCUCAUGAGCUGAAAACAGAAAUUGCUGCUUCUAGUGUGUGAAGUUUCCAGGUACCUUUUAGCUCUUCAUAAAGUUGCAGAGUCUGAGGGUCCUCUUGCUGUCUGGUUUUAUCAGCACCAGCCCCAAAGCGGGGCCAGCUAGUCAGAGAGUCUGUUUAGUGGACACAUGAAGUUUGCAUGACAGAGGCCUGGGGGUGGAGGGGGCUUCAGCGGCAGCAGUGGGGUGACACGGAUAGUACUUGAUAUGUUCAUAACCUCUGCUGCCCUGGAACAUGUCCGUAACCUCCCCACUUCAGAAGAGUGAGGUCUUUUGUGUUCCUGAAUGGACUUGAGGGCAAGGGCUGCAUGUGGAGACCAUCAUCCUUCAGUGCCAGCAUCUAGUCUGGGUCUGAGCAGGUAACAGAUCUGCUUAGGUGCAUGCCAGGCAGGAUGCAGACAUAACAGACCCCUUCCCUGGGCUUUGUUAGCUUUCCUGACUACUUAAAAUCUAUUUUCUCUCUUCUCGGCAGACAUAUCUUUAAAAUAAUCAGUUCUGUCUGGUUGAGAAAGUAAUUUGGAGUGUCUGACCUAUCAAUGUUUAGGUAGACACCGUCUCUGAAAGAAAAUAGCAUCAGUGUUAGGUCUAGAAUUUUCUUCUAAAAGGGAAUGUUCUAUUGGAUUGCAGGCUAGUCAGUACAGCACUGAGUAUACGUUCUCAGGCGUUGGGACUCCCCCCCCCCCUUUCUAGUUUUCUCCUCAGAGUAGAGGGGUGAAGGGGGCGUGAGCCCAUUGAGCUCAGAGCACCAGCCACUGCGCAGAGUCAGAUUUACAUCAUGGGUUCUUGAACAGUGUAUUUGUCUUACUAGUUUACUUCGUCUCCCUCUUUAUUCUGAUACUUUACUUCAGGUGAGCCUUUGGUUAGGGAUUAGAAUCACUUGGACUGUGGCGGGCUAGCAGAAUGGUUUGGCUAUGAUUAUGGUAAGAACCUGUCUGGAGCCACGUCUGGAGUGAGAGAUUUGUUUUCUUUCAUAAUUGUGUCUGAUACCCCAGCAGGAAGUACCUGGCCCCUCCUUUUUAAUCAGAAUAGCUACUCAAGGAAUCUGCCUGGAGAAAGGACAGUGAAGGAAGACGUGUGGCCAUUCCAGCCCAAGGCAGGACCAGGCCUGCUGGGCGCUGCCUUCUUCCACUAACCUGGCUUUGCAAGUUACAAGACCCUGCCCCGUUUCCAUGUACUGAAGAGUACAGCGAUUCAGGGCUUAAAGAAUUGGCUAGGUCAAGGGGUAGAGAGGGCGAGAGCAAGGCGUGUUGUAACCCAGGCCCACCUGUUCCAACUCUUUCAUUACUUGUUUAUGAAAACAAUAGUUUUCAUUCGUGUAUAACUUGUUUAAAACCUAAUUCAAAUAAUGACAUUGACCCAUUUGCCUAAAAUCAUUGCUUCUUGAAAACAGUUUUGACAUGGUUCCAUGUGGAAGAAUGCUAGAGAGCGACGCUGUGUGUGUGUGCGCGCUCAGUUAUAGGAGUGAGUCGCGCUGUCUGUGUGUGCUCAGUCUGUAGGAGCUUAGGAACCCAUGGGAGAAGCGCUAAGCUAUUUAUUUGUUCUUUUUUUCUUUCUAGGUAGGCGGUUCUGUCUGUAUAUUUUGACAAAUAACCACUUCACCUUUGGUGCCUUCCAUGUGUCACAUAAGCACUCUUGUCAAUCAUGGGAUUGGGGCGGGGAUGUACAUGGAGUUAAAACAGAUAACACUAUUUUUGUAGCAUGACUGUGUCCUUUCAUAUUGCUUCCCACCCUAUCAGUCCUGACAUUUGGGCCAUUUCCUCUUAAACUUCCUAUGUGUUUUUCAAAACGACCCCCUCCAGCAAGUCCUGUCCCUUGCACUGUGUUCCUCCCACACUGCACUUCUGCUGGUUAGUCUGAGAGUCAGGAUAAUUCUAAAAAACAGUCCCGCUCUUUUAAAUGUUUGACACUGUUUGACUGUUUGUUAGGCUGGAAGAACUGUUGCUCACCAACAGUGAGAAGAAAGUGGUCUCACUUUUCACAAGUUUCAACCCUGCGCCACCUUCCUGCUUGCUGGGUCUGGUGAGAGCUUGCAUUUGGCUCCUGCCCUCCCAUCCUAGCCAGUCAGUCCCAUGCUGUUGUCUGGCCUGUGUCCUAGCAGCACCUCAGCCUUGCUCUGGGAUUCCUCCCACUUGGAUUUAGGUAGCAUUGUGGAUGCUGCUGGUGGGUUUCUGGGUAGCCUGAACGCAGUAGGUCCUGUGCUGUGGAGGGCUGGGGGAAGCCAGGGUACAGGGUAACAGCCAUCCAUUCUGUUUUCCUGACCCUGUACCUUGGAGUUGUCUGGUCAGGAAGCAGUCACUGAGCCAUUGUUGAGUAAAGGUACGGUUCCUCUGAGACAUGAACUUCUUUGAAGAGUCAAAACAUGUAAUUCUGUGACAACAGAAGUCAUCAUGUGGCCAAAAGACAGCUCUGCCAGGAUCGGCCACUGCUACUCCAUUUAACUAGUAGGAGACAAUGUUAACAGUGACCACAUUUUGUUUCUUGAGUUGGGUUUUCUUUGAGGCAGGGUCUGGCUUGGUAGUCCUGUCUGACCUCUAACUUAGAACAAUCCCCCUGUUUCUUCCCCUAAAUGCUGGGAUGGUACACCCAUGGACCACCGUGCCCAGCUGAAGUUUGGCAUGGGAAUUCCAAAUGUGAAGGCCAUUCAAAAAUGUUUAAUUUGUGUUGUUUGCAGUACUAAGCUUUCCAUCCUGGCCCAUCUGACAUUGCUGCCAUGGAUGGGCCUCCCCUGACUCCCAGGUUUGAUCCCGUGCACUUCAAAUGAUGGGGGAGCCAUGGCAUUCGCUCCCGUUGAUUUGCCCAGCAGCAGGCAAAGCCUCACACUGCCCUCAGCGUCCCCACUUUCCUUUGAAGGACCAAUUUUUCAUGGUACUUGUCUUGAUUGUUUUCAUAUUGUUCAAAUCUGUAUUUUUGUAUGUAGAGGGAAAUAAUUUUCUCAGUACUAAUCACUAAUGAAUACUGUAUUGUCAUGAAGGAGUUCUUGUUUAAUAAAUGGACAUAGACAAA